AUUUAAUUCUCGUACUCGCUACAAAAAUUGUUGUACUUGAUCAGAUGGAUGAGAUAUUCGAGCGCUUUAACAAAAUGUUUGAAGAUAUGGCUUUCUCAGGAUUUUUUAACCCAAGGGAUAAACAUCUGUCUCCGCGGGAUGAGAUGUUGCGUAAACCAGUAUGUCUUCUCAAUACAACACUGACACCUAUAGGAGGAUGAAUUCAGUGCUAUGCAGACUCCGGAACCCUGGUAUUUAUUCCCUUUUUAUGGUGAUUUUGUGAAGCCAGAUAUGAUGGACAGAAGCAUUUACGAGAAGUCGUUGCCACAAAAUGAUGCACAGCGUUUUGAAAAGAGAGAUAUUAUCAUCGAUGAUCAGGUAGCUGACUCUCCAAAUGUUGGUGGGUGGGGAUCUUCAAUACGAAGCUGGAGCAGUUCCUUUGUUAGCAGAAAAUAUUUUGGAGAUAACGGUCAAGUAACAGAAGUGCAAAAAAGGGUUGUCCGUGAACCUGACGGUACCGAAGUGCAUACUACAAUUGAGCGGUCAUCUGACGGUGAAAAGAAACAUGUGAUUUAUAAGAAGCCAGAUGGACAGCAAUUCAGUAUCACAGAUAAUGACGAACCGCAAUCGAUGAUAUCUAGUACGAAACAGUUCCCUACAGAAAAGGCACCUUCUGGAUGGUUUAGUGCAUUACGGCGCUGGUAUCAAGGAAAUUAACGAAAUCAGUUACAAUGAAACAUAAUUUUUAUUUUAGAUGCGAAUAAUAUUCAGAAAAUAUAUUCAUUUAUUUCAACAAAUUUUGUCAUCUUUGCAAGGGAGAAUAGUUCAACAAUUUCUCUAUUAAAUCAACAUGAGAGAGGAGCAUUCGUCGACAGCAAUAACGCCGCAAACCUAAAGUAUCCAAGGCAUCUCCUUCAGCGUAUUCAGCUUGUAAUAAGCCUAUGUAGCUUUCCCAUUUGUCGCCGACGACCUUUCCACACGUAAAGCAGCGUAUAGGAAUAAUCAUUUGCAGUUACACC